CUGUGCGGGAGGCGGUGCCUUUGCUUCCGGUUCCGGUCGGUCUCAGCUCAGCUGCAGCUUCGGGAGGGCGGGGGAGAUGCUGCCGGCUCCCAGGGGGCGGGCUGGGGCCAAGUUCCUGAUUCUCACAUUUGCGGUGCGCACCAUGGCUGGAGAGCCUACGGUCUCGCUCCCUGAACUCCGUUCGCUUCUAGCCUCCGGCCGGGCUCGGCUCUUUGAUGUGAGAUCCCGGGAGGAGGCGGCGGCUGGAACCAUCCCUGGGGCUCUCAACAUCCCGGUGUCAGAGUUGGAAAGCGCCCUGCAGAUGGAGCCAGCUGCUUUCAAGGCUUUGUACUCCGCUGAGAAGCCGAAACUGGAAGAGAAUCUCAUCUUCUUCUGUCAGAUAGGCAAGCGGGGCUUGCAGGCCACGCAGUUGGCCCAGAGACUUGGAUACAAAGGGGCUCGGAACUAUGAAGGGGCCUAUAGAGAAUGGCUCCAGAAAGAAGGUUAGGUAGAAUGUGGCAUACUGGAUGCUCCCUCCCCGCUGACGGUGGCCGCCUUAACUAAGAGUGAUGAAGGGGCUGACUUGUUGGGUUGAGCAACUUCUUAUGGCGCUGUGCACGAAAAGCAGCAAAUAAAGAGCAUUUAAUCAAA